AAGAAGAAGAAGGAAGACAGGUAUUAUCCACCCUCAGAUCUCGGUGUGUUUUUCUCUAAUCGUCUCUAUAUCACUGUAAUUAAUUUCUAAGAUCUCGAUUCAUCUUCUCAUUCUCGAUCGUUUUUUUAUGGUUGUGUGGCUAGAAUUUGUGGUUCUGUUGAUUUUUAUUACUGUAUGAUUUUAAUUAGUUGCUGGAAGAUUGAUUGAUUGAUUAAUGGCUACGGAUGCACCGAGUUGGGCAGAUCAAUGGGGCGCAGAAGACAACCCCGAGAAUAAGAUGGAGGAGAAGAAGAAGAAGAAGGAAGCUCCGUUUUCUGCGAAAUUCAAAGCUGUGAUGGCCGAUACGACACAGAAGAGCAAAGAUGCGGCGUCAAAGGCCGUCAGGUUUUUCAAGAGCAACUUGCCGUCGCCGAAGAAGAAGAAGAAUUCUACUUGAAGAAGAAGAAGAAGAUGGGGGGGCUGAUCUGCUUCUACGGCUGAUAUAAUAAGAUUGAUAUUGUGUUUGUGUAAUUAAUUUAUUUGCCUCUUCCGUUUGAAUUUUGAUACUCCAUUGUCAAUGGUCCUUCCAAGAUUAUUAUUGCUCCCAAUUCACUUUUGUUAUGUACUUUCCCCGUUUCCCACACACACAAAAAAGAGUCCAUCCUUGAAGUUCCUUAGAUUUUGGUUACAGAUUGGUGGAAAAGAAUGAAAUCUGCACAUGAUAUUUGCAAAAAUUUAUGCUUAUUUGAGUUGAGAGGGAAAGAAUAAAACUUUGGACAUGAU